AUAUUUUGUCUCAGCCAGGUGUGUAUAAAAGAGCCAACAAGACGAGCAGCUAAGUUAGUUGAUCAACCGCUGCAUUAUAGGUUUUUAAUCUGAGUUCAAGGAGAAAAUAAUAUAUUAAAAUGAAGUUCCUUUGCUUCUUGCUUCUUAUCUUAGUAGCUGUACUAAGCAUUUGUAACGCUCAGUUUGGUGGAUAUGGCCAAGGAGGAUACGGUGGCGGCGGCCGUGGAGGUUUUGGAGGUAACAUGGGUAGAGGAGGAUACGGUAACGGUGGCCGUGGAGGUUUUGGAGGUAACAUGGGUAGAGGAGGUCUUGGGGGUCCUGGAGGCUCCGGUGGUUUCAGAGGUUAUGGAAAGUAAAUUUGCAGCGCAUGAGUUCCACAAAACCGAAUUGAAAUGUAUAGAGUCCUAUUUAUGAAUAUUAAUAAAAUUCUAUAGCAUUA